AAGAGGGAAGAGUCUUUUGGGCUCAACUGCUCAAGCAACCAUGGAGGCUUUGACUGGGGCCCCUACGCGAAUUCCCACCUCAUCGUUUGAACCAGACACAGAGAAGAUCAAGCGGAAGCUCCUUCGGAUGGGCGUUUUCCCUACUCCCAAGAUCGUCCACACCUUGCGCAAGAAAGAAAUCCAGAAAUCUACCCGACAGUCCAAGAGCAUCGCCGACAAGAAUAAAGCCCUUGGAAUCGAGAAUCCCCUCUCUGAAUCUCAGAGGCAGUUCAUUGCCGAAGAAGCUCAUUUCCAAGACAUAGCUCGCGAAUACAAAACCAUCAACCACUACUUCAAAGUCAAGCCAAGAGCCGGAGAUAAAACCGCAGUUCCGAUGGUUGGGUUGCCUUGGGAGAGCUCGGCGAGGGCUGCUCUCAGAGAGCUUGUGAGUUCGAGCAAGGAGUACAGCGGAGAGAAGAUUAAGGCGGAGCAUUUGGAGGAACUCCGCCAAAUUCUUUCCCACCGGAACCGUUCGAGUCUUCGCUGGCUUUUGGAUGACGAUAUCGAGGAAGCAUGUCGUUCCGAAUUCGAGCAGGAUAGGCGCUUACCCGCAAAACGUCGAGGGGGAGAAGCGGAUGCGAUUCGGUUCCUCGUGGACAGGUUAAGUUCCACAGAUCUUAGUAUGCGGGACUGGAAAUUUUCUAAGUUGAUGAGCCAGUCGGGGUUGCAGUUUACUGAACGCCAUCUGCUUCACAUUGUUGAAGGACUUGGGGCUGUUGGCAGUUGGAAACAUGCUUUAUCUGUUGUGGAAUGGGUGUAUAACCGUAAGGAUAACAAAUAUCGUAAGAGCAGGUUUGUAUUCACAAAACUCUUGGCAGUUCUUGGGAAGGCAAGGAGAACUAGUGAAGCUCUUCGUAUUUUUAAUCUGAUGCGUGAAGACAGCCAGAUCUAUCCUGAUAUGCCUGCAUACCACAGCAUUGCAGUUUCACUUGGUCAAGCUGGUCUUGUAAAAGAACUGCUGAGUGUUAUCGAGUGCAUGAGGCAGAAGCCUUCCAGGAAAACUAAAAAUAUGCGCCGUAAGAACUGGGAUCCAAGCUUGAAGCCUGAUUUGGUUGUAUACAAUGCUGUAUUAAAUGCUUGUGUCCCAUCACAUCAGUGGAAAGGAGUAUUUUGGGUACUGGAGCAAAUGAGGGGAAGUGGUUUAAAACCUAAUGGAGCAACUUAUGGGCUUGCAAUGGAGGUAAUGCUGCAAUCGGGGAAGUAUGAGCAUGUCCACAACUUCUUUGAGAAAAUGAAAAGAAGUGGGGAAGCUCCAAAAGCCCUCACAUAUAGAGUUCUUGUGAGAACCUUUUGGGAAGAAGGUAAAGUUGGUGAAGCAAUAGAAGCAGUAAAGGACAUGGAGCAAAGAGGAGUCGUUGGAACAGCUAGUGUCUAUUAUGAACUGGCGUGCUGUCUUUGCAAUUCUGGGAGGUGGCAGGAUGCUAUGGUGACAGUUGAAAAGCUGAAGAAGCUUCCUCUUACUAAACCUUUGGAGGUGGCAUUUACAGGCAUGAUAAUGUCCUGUAUGGAUGGCGGGCACGUGAAUGAUUGCAUAUCGAUUUUUGAACACAUGAAAGAGCACUGUGCCCCCAACAUUGGAACAAUAAACGCCAUGUUGAAAGUUUAUGGCCGCAAUGAUAUGUUUGCGAAAGCCAAAGAGUUGUUUGAACAAGCAAAAACAACCCAAUCUUGUUUUACAACCGACCAGGAAAGUGUUAGCACUACUUUUACCCCAGAUGCUCACACAUAUAGUUCAAUGCUUGAGGCAUCAGGUUGUGCACAUCAAUGGGAAUACUUUGAGAAUGUGUACAAGGAGAUGACUCUUAGUGGAUACCAGUUAGAUCAAAGCAAGCAAGCAUCAUUGCUAGUAGAGGCAUCCAGAGCUGGAAAGUGGCAUUUGUUAGAGCAUGCAUUUGAAAGAAUUUUGGAUGUGGGAGAAGUUCCUCAUCCAUCACUGUUCACUGAAAUGGUUUGCCAAGCUAUAGCUUGCCAUAAUUAUGAAAAAGCUGUUGGUCUAGUUAAUAGUAUGACUUAUGCCUCGUUUCAAAUCAGUGAGCAGCAAUGGAUAGAUGUUUUAAGGAGAAACGGAGACAGGAUCAGCAAAUAUGGAUUGCAGAAAAUGUUAGACACCAUGCGAAAAGCCAAUGUAGUAGCAAAAGCCACUGUUUCAAAUUUAUCAAAAUCAUUAGACUCCCUCUGUGAGUCUAGUGCAUCAAAAGACACUUUAGGUGUGAUGGCUUUUAGUGAUGCAGCAAAUGACGAAUUACCAUCUCAAAGUGGUGAAGUGAAAUUGGAUGUUAGUGAAAAUUGGAACAUGCAAAAUUGUUCUGUAGACAAGGUGGGUGGCGGCACUACACUUUACAAGUACCUCCCAGAUACAAACACUGGUGAUGAAUCUGAUAUCUCUGUUCAUCAGACUGAUAGGGACUCGGAAGAUGAUGCUGAUACUUACUUUCUUCUUGGCUCGAAAAAUUGCGUUGAGAAAAAUGGCAGCAUAUGUGACAAAUUGGAGGAGUCAACAGCUGGCAUGUCCAGUGAAGUUGGUUCUUUCAGAAACAGAAACUCAAUAUACAUCUUUCAUUGCAACUCCAAAGAUUCUGCCACUGAGAUGGCACUUGAUUUACAGGCAAACCAGAAUGAGGUUGAUGAUUCUCAUGGGACUGACUUGCCCUCUGCAUCUGAGAUACUGGAAGGUUGGAAGGAAAGCAGGAAGAACGAUGGUAUUUGCUUACCACUCAAAACCUGGCUGUAACCUGUAAGUGAGCCCAAGCAUUCUUGAAUUGCCAGAUCACUAGGUGAUGUCAGGUGACCAUGUUGUUUAUAGUCUGCUUUGAUGGUAUCAAGUGAAUUGUCUUUGGUAUACAUUUUGGGUUUUCUCCCGUCAGCCCUUUGGGGUCGCC